AUGCCAAGCGAGACUCCCACAACUGUCCCUUCACCAAUUCCCUCAACGCCACCAAGUGAUGUUCCCAGUACUCUCCCAACUCCAGUCCCGACGCCUGACCCGUCAGAAACACCAUCAACUCAUCCAUCAUUGCCACCAACACCUGAUCCUUCAGUGCCACCUUCGGAUACACCAUCAUCUCCACCAAGCAGACCACCCACAGUCCCACCAACUCCAAUUCCUAGUGAGACUCCAAGUGACACACCCUCAACGAUUCCGACACCCAGUCCUUCUGAAAUACCCUCUGAGGUGCCCUCAAGUGUUCCUUCUCCAAUUCCAACCACACCACCAACACCAAACCCAAGUGAGGUUCCCAGUGAGAUUCCCUCGGAUGUCCCCUCUUAUAUACCCACUCCCAGCCCCAGUGAGGUGCCAAGUGAGACUCCCACAACUGUCCCGUCACCAAUUCCCUCAAGGACACCAAGUGAUGUUCCCAGUACUCUCCCAACUCCAGUCCCGACACCAAACCCAUCAGAGACACCUUCAACUCCUCCAUCCUCAAAACCAUCAACCCCGCCAUCAAUAACACCAUCAGAUGUGCCAUCGACUAACCCGAGUGAACCACCUACCAUCCCACCCACACCAUAUCCUAGUGAGACCCCAAGUGCGACACCAUCAACUCUUCCAACACCAAGUCCUUCGGAGAAACCCUCAUAUGUGCCCUCAAAUGUACCUUCUCCUGUCCCCACCACUCCUCCAACACCAAGCCCAAGUGAAGUGCCAAGUGAGACCCCUACAACUGAUCCAUCACCAGUUCCCUCAAGCCCACCAAGUGAUGUUCCCAGUACCCUGCCAUCACCAGUCCCAACCCCUGACCCUUCAGAAACGCCAUCAAUCCCUCCCUCAUCCCCACCAACUCCGCUCCCUACACCAAACCCAUCAGUAACACCAUCGACUCCUCCAUCGUCCCCACCAACACCUGAUCCUUCAGUGCCACCAUCUGAUACACCAUCAUCCCCCCCAAGUAGUCCACCCACAGUCCCACCAACUCCAGUUCCUAGUGAGACUCCGAGUGACACACCCUCAACACUUCCUACACCAAGUCCAUCGGAAACACCUUCUGAGGUGCCCUCAAGUGUUCCUUCUCCAAUUCCAACCACACCACCAACACCCAACCCAAGCGAGGUCCCCAGUGAGAUUCCCUCGGAUGCCCCCUCAAAUGUACCCACUCCCAGUCCGAGUGAGGUGCCAAGCGAGACUCCAACAACUGUCCCGUCACCCAUUCCCUCACCUGUUCCUUCGAUCCCACCUAGCGAAAAUCCCAGUACUCGCCCUACUCCAAUCCCAUCAGAGUCCCCAUCAGUGCCUCCAUCAUCACCACCAACAACUCAUCCUUCAGCACCUCCAUCGGAGAUUCCAUCAUCUCCACCAAGCAAACCACCAACCUCACCACCCACCCCUUAUCCUAGUGAGACCCCCAGUGAGAAACCUUCAACUGUGCCAACUCCAAGUCCAUCAGAAACCCCCUCUGAAGUUCCCUCGAGUGUUCCUUCUCCUAUUCCUACAACGCCGCCAACACCUUCUCCAUCGGAAACACCAUCAGUAGUUCCCACACCUGUCCCCUCUGAGACACCAUCAAUACCUCCAUCACCAAUCCCCACCACACCACCCACUCCCAAUCCUUCUGAGUUGCCUUCUGAGUUCCCAAGCACUCCCCCAACCCCCAGCCCAAGUGAGACACCCAGCGAGAUACCAACAACUGAUCCCACCCCAAUUCCUUCGGAGACACCAUCAACUUUUCCUUCGCCCAUCCCAUCUGAGUGGCCAACAGUGCCACCAACCACACCCCCUUCGGAAACACCCUCCACGGUACCCUCAGUUCAACCUUCAGAACCCCCUACAGUUGUGCCCACACCUGUCCCAUCACAGCCACCUAGUGAGCCUCCGAGUGAAAUCCCAAGUGAAAUCCCAACCACUGAUCCCACUGUACCUCCAUCUAGGCCACCAUCGGUCAGUCCAUCCAGUCCCCCAUCAUGGAUACCAACUCCUCACCCAAGCAUCCCUCCAAGCCCAAUCCCAUCCAUUCCACCUUCAUAUGUUCCAUCUAUACCACCAUCGGAACCCCCAACUCCACACCCUUCUAUACCACCCAGCAGCACACCGUCUUCUGAUCACCCAAGCAGCACACCUUCAUCACCUCCCUCAUUGCCACCCAGUGAUGUACCCAGUGAAGAUCCCACAAGUGACCCCUCGAUGCCACCAUCAGUUCAUCCUACCCCGAACCCAUCUGAUAUUCCCAGUGAGCCACCCUCCUCACCACCAAGUGAGCCUCCUACUGGAAAGCCAACCCCAAUCCCAUCAGAAACUCCAUCCAGCCCACCAACACCAAUCCCAUCAGAGACCCCUUCAACACCUCCCACUCCAAGCCCAAGUGAGACUCCUUCAGAGAUACCAACAACUGAUCCAACCCCUAUCCCAUCAGAGCCACCCUCAACUUUGCAACUCCAAUCCAUCAGAAACUCCCUCAGAAGAGCCUUCGACGUUUCCUUCGAUUCCACCUACAACCCAACCAACCCCAUCCCAGUGAACGUCCAUCAGAAAUCCCCUCUGAUACUCCCACUACUCCUCCAACACAAGCCCAAGUAA